GGAACUGAUCCAUUCUCAAUAGUUGUUUAUACCCAUGGUUCAAUGUGGUGUUUGUUGUUAAUAUUUGAUAGAUUUUUACGCUAUAAACAUCAUAUUAGUCGUCUGCAUGGUUACUUAGAAUUUUAUCGUAAAACUCGACAUAUCAGACGCUGGCCUUUUACUCUUAAUUCAGGAGCCAAUGCCCUUGCAGUUAUAGUAGUCAGAGUUUUAGACAAGUUUUGUAAUGCAGAGACCCCAUGUAAUAAAAUUACCAGAGAGAAUUAUUUACAGAUAUUAAUUACAGUGGAGGUUUUACUGGUUCUUCCUUUCUUAAUUCUUUAUCUUGUUCAUACUAUAAGAUUCAAUCGUCAGAAAGCUUAUCCUGAUGUAUCACAAGAUGAAAUGUUAAAUAGUUUUAUCCAGUCACAAUCUGUAGCCUCUGAUAUUGGUUUUAAAGAUGAAAACUAUGUAGACCAAGUGUUAGAGAAACAAGCUGAUAUGAUUCGCUAUUUAAAGCAACAUAAUACACAACUCAGUAAACGUUUAGUGACUUUAACAUCUGAGAUUAAUGUUUUAAAGAACCAGACGCAGGUCAACUCCAGUGUUGGAUCCAUCAAUUGA